AUCCGAGGACAGUGCAUGAGACGGCUUCCCUACGUGCUGCACUUCUCCAACAUGCUCGCGCUGCACAUUUUAGUUAUACUAUGUUUGCAUUUGUCGCCGAGUAGUGCGAAUCAUGAUGAUCAACAUGUUCCAAUUGAAACGAAAUUUACCGCAGAUAUUUUAACAAACACGGCAGCGACAUGUCUGCAUUACAAUCUGACCCUGUACAUUGGAGAUGGGUCAAGGGAAGGAACUAGAAAUCUUGUCAGUGUCGUCCUUCAUGGGGUCGGUCUGGUCAGCGAGCCUAUCGAGUUGAACGCAAGGCACACCAGAUUGGAGCGAGGGUCGAUAUAUCAGGUUCCUGUGAACCUCUCUGCUCCUUUGGGAGAGCUCAUCACAAUUGAGCUGCACUCGCAGCCAUUGCUGCGCAUCGAUGACACUUGGCUAUGUGACAAGAUCACCGUCCAGUUGUGUGAGGGUGAAGAGUUGCUUUUUCCCUUCUACCGCUGGGUUAAUCACCAGCAAACCCAAUUUCUACGGCCUGCCACAGCCAUAUUUGAGUCCCAGGAUGUGAACCCCAUUGGGCAGAAGCAAAGGAGGAUGGAGCUGGAACAGUCCCGAAAAAAAUACAGGUGGUCAAUCUACGAAGAUGGCCUACCCGCGACGGUCGCUGCUGAAAAGAGCCAUGACCUUCCCAAAGAUGUCCAGUACAGCGCCAAGAUGGCUAAGGAUCAUGCCUCUGCUAUACAGCAUGCCGAAGAGACAAUAAAACACUUGUUGACCUCUACGGAACAGUGGGACCAUAAAUUCUCAGGACUGGAGCACCUCAUGCCGGGGGCAAGAAGCCAAAUCUAUGAAUAUGUGAAGGAGCACUGGGCAGAAGACUCAUUCUUUGGCUACCAGUUCCUGAACGGCUUCAACCCCAUGGUGAUCCAGCGCUGCUCCGAGCUGCCCAAGAACUUUCCCGUCACCGAGGAGAUGGUCAGGGAUUCCAUGGGGGGAAGCACCUUGGAACAGGAGAUGAAGGAUGGGAACAUCUUCCUGGUUGACUACAGGAUAUUGGAUGGACUUGUGGGAAACAUAGUCCAUGACGAGCAGACUUACCUUGCUGCUCCUCUGGUCUUGCUCUACGCCAACCCUAAGGGCCAGAUGAUGCCCAUUGCCAUUCAGCUCACACAGGAAGUCACCGUUCCAGAUGCGUGUGUGAAGGGAGAGCUGAAGCAGAGCCCCAUCUUCCUCCCCACUGACGGCAAGUAUGACUGGCUCCUGGCCAAGACGUUCGUCCGCCUCGCUGACAGCGUGCACCUAAUGGUCACCCUCUGGUUGAGGACUUACCUCCUGGGUGAAGUGUUCUCCAUGGCCACUUUGAGGAACCUUCCAUCCACGCACCCGCUCUAUAAGCUCCUCAUCCCCCACACCAGAUAUAACCUCGCGGUCAAUGUCAUCGGCCGAAGUAUGGUGAUGAAUGAAGGUGGGCAUCUGGGCAAGUAUUCAACUGUUGGAGAUGAGACAAGGACCGAGUUGCUGAAGCGGGCCACGGCCUCCCUGACCUACGGCACCCUCUGCCUGCCUUGUAACAUCUUUGUAAGAGGCUUGCAGACCGUGCCCAACUACUAUUACAGGGACGAUGGCCUCAAAGUGUUUAACAUCAUAAACAAGUAUGUUGAUGGGGUCCUGACUCAUUACUACACGUCCAAUGACUCUGUUGUUGAAGAUGCAGAACUGCAGAACUGGAUCAGUGAGAUUUUCACCAAGGGAUUUUUGGGCAAUAAUCAAACCGGAAUUCCACAGUUUUUCACGACUCCGCCAGAGGUUGUUAAGUUUGUCACCAUGGUGAUCUUCACUAUAACUGCUCAACACGCAGCCGUGCAAAAUGCAAAGUUUGAAUUUGGUGGCUGGAUGCCCAACGCUCCUUUUGCACUGAGACGGCCUCCUCCAACUGAGAAGGGUCAUGCGACCAUGGAGCAGAUCCUGGAGGCCUUACCGGACAAGGGCAGCACAGCAAUGCCCAUUGCAGUCCUGAAACACUCUAGCGAGGAUUACUCGGAUGUUUACCCGCUGGGCCACUUUCCCGAGCAAUUGUUUGGAGAGGAAGCCCCUCUGAAGGUUAUCGAGGCCUUCCGGUCUGACCUGAAGGUGCUUUCGGACGCCAUUGACGAGAGGAACGCACAGCUGGAGCUGCCGUACACACCCCUGAACCCCAGAGACAUAAUUAACAGCAUCUGCAAAUGAGAUCUGUUUUGUAUGUAAUCAAAAACAAAAUAAAAA